AGCCUUCUAACCUAAAAUUAGCAGCUUUCUCAAUUCUCAGCCAAAAGCUGCCAAAUAGAUACAGACGUUAAAGACUUCUAGAUCUAGAUCUAGAUCUAGAUCUAGCUGUGAUACUGGUGUUUUAGCAAAGUAGAGUUAGAUCUAGUGUUUAUCGUUUUUGGUGUCAAAAUAUUGUGUUGUGAACUGCGCCUGCGGUCCAUCGGAUCUGCGCUACAAAUGAUCAUCAGUUGGUGAAAUUACGCGAAUGAUCAGGGAAGCCUGACGACAGGGAGUAUGAGUAUAGGCCCUAAUAAGUCACUUCAACACCAGACUGGGCCUAGCCUACAGGCUAGUGUGUUGGAUGAAUUAUUGUCUGAUUCACUCGACUUGUGUCGUUUGUUAUAACGAUAAACUGCUGAAUUCAUCAGGCCUAGGCCUAAUAGCUUCGUACCCUUCCACCGUACCACGGUACCGAAACACGGCUAGCAACAUGAUAAUGUCAACAAGUAGAUCUAGAUCUACGGAUAUUGACAUCGAGGGGUGUAAACUUCAUAUACCCUACUCCACCAUUGAGGAACAUAUCCAGUGCUCCAUCUGCUUGAGUGCCAUUAGAGGUGCCGUGCUGACACCUUGCGGCCAUCGCUACUGCACGCGAUGCAUCACCGAGUGGGUCAGUCGGAAUCAUACAUGCCCUUGUUGUAACAGCUCUCUUAAUUCAGGGCAGUUCUAUUUCGAUGUUCAGUUUGAUGGACUUGUCGAUGUUGUGUUAUCUGAGCGAGACAAAGCAGAGGAAGAGUACUACACCAAAAUCUUUGGAAAUGGUCCAGCUGACCAGCCUACAUUUGGUCGCAAGUCAAGCGCCUUUGAAGAUAUUCUGAAAAAACAUAUGAAGGAAAGCAUGCUGUCCCACCAAAGGUACUUUGAGAAUCUUCAUGGAGAAUACCGGAGAAAAAUCAGAUUGCUGGAAAACGGCAUCACUAGUGGAACGUCUUUGGAAAGCUCACUGCCAAGAGAUGCUUCAGUAGAAGCGAUUAAAGAAGAAUUGACUCAGAAUCUACAAGACAGUGAAAGAUUAGCUGCAGAAUCGUUUGACAAGUAUCUCAAAGACAAUGUGCCAAGUUUAGAAGCUGUGCCAGUGACAGUGUCAGUUUACAUCGCAGACAAGGACGUCAGAGUAGAUGGUGUUGUCAUCUCCCCUUCUGACAGUCUUUCUGUGAUCAAACCAAUCAUUGAGGCCCACAUGAGACAAAGGGCGAAUGACAUCCAGUGCUGGACUGACAAUGGUGGAAUAAAACUGCUGUUUGGACCAUUACUCAAGAGCAAGAAGUACAAUGUUGAAGAGGCUGCAAGAAAUCUUGGACAAAGUGACUCAAUUCGUCCUUUGCAGUGGGACUCAAAACUUAUAUUCCAACAUUCUAUGAGGCCAGGCAGCGAAAUUGUCCUCCAUAAAGUGUUUCAGUCUCUCAGCGACCUGCCAAAACAAUGCUUUGCUGAUGUGUACAUCCCUGAUACUCCCCAGCGUUGUGACUAUUUUAUCUGUAACAAAUGCAAUGUGAAAUGGAUCUGCAAGUCUUGUAUUCAGAGUUGUCAUGAAGGUCACAGUAUCAGUCCUUUUGCUAUGAACCAUUGUCCAACCUGGGCAUGCUGCUACUGUCCCAAGAAAAAGCUGUGCCGCAUUCAAACAGCAAGUAUGGCCGUCGGUGGAAGUCAAAGUGUUUAUCACGAAAGCUGAAUGAAGAGAGGGACAAUCAAAGAGACUUAACACAGUUUAUCAAUAGCAUUGGCCAGCUGUUCAGAUGUACCGACCCCAAAGUUGAAAUGUUAUACAUUGCUGUUUUUUUAUUCUGCCGUUUCAGUUGCAUUCGCUCAAGAAAUAUUUUGUCGAAAUUCUAAUUCUAAAUGUUGAUAAAAAAAGAAGAA